UCGUGUAGGGCGGGCGCGUCGCCGCCCAACUGUCGACCUCCCGUUCCCCUCUGAAAGUUGUCGUGGACGAACUGUGGGUGUAUUGUGAUAACUUUGUGUGACUUUCUGUGGUAUUGGAGGGAUUAUUACUACAAAGAUGCAAAGCAGAAAACGGCAGAGGAAGCGGAGAGCGAAGAUCAGUGUUGUGCGAUGAACGUGACAUUCGAUAAUGUAACCAAACGUUUAGAGGAUAGGUGUCAAAAUGGCUUACUGUCCGACCAUGGGCAGAGUGUCAAGCAAGGAUUUAGUAGUGGUAGUUCUGUUUUUGUGCCGAACGAUAGUGUGCGAUGGACAAUGCCCGAAGUAUGCGGAGAAACCGUUGGAGACGCGAGUCCAAGAUGCUUCUAUAGUGUUUAGGGCGGUGGUAGUUCAGACACAUUACUUGAGUAAAACACUAGAUUUAGCGCUAGUGUCAAUAUACAGAGGAGGAGUGGAGCUGGCGUCCGUCAGCCAAUAUGCAGGGUCACCAUACAAUACUACAGAUAGACAGGUGAACCUAAAGAUCAGCUCGCAGCUCGGCGACUGCUUCAACUGGAGCAUGGCGCCGUCCCAGAGCGAGCUGGUGGUCUUCUCGCGGAUCAGCGAGCCAGCAGUGGACUUAGAGACCACGCCGCCCGACGGGCCGUGGUUAGAGGCCACGGCGGCCGCUGUGCCGUGGAGCCUUGGCGUGGAUAUCGCCAUUUGGAAUGCAGUAGUGGGGAUAGAAACCACGCCGCCCGACGGGCCGUGGUUAGAGGCCACGGCGGCCGCUGUACCGCGGAGCCUCGGCGUGGAUAUCGCCAUUUGGAAUGCAGUAGUGGGGCUAGAAACCACGCUGCCUGACGGACCGUGGUUAGAGGCCACGGCGGCCGCUGUACCGUGGAGCCUCGGAGUGGAUAUCGCCAUUUGGAAUGCAGUAGGUUAG